GGAAGCAAUGAUGAAAUGUCAGACAACGAAGAGGAGAUCGAGGAGAAAUCUGAGAGUGAAGGGAGUGACUAUUCCCCCAACAAAAAGAAGAAGAAAAAACUGAAGGAGAAGAAGGAGAAAAAAACAAAACGGAAAAAGAAGGAAGAGGAGGAAGACGACAACGAGGAUGGAAAUCUAAAGGAGCCCAAGAGCUCAGCCCAGCUGAUGGAGGAAUGGGGCCUCGAUGAUGUAGAUUACGUUUUCUCAGAAGAAGAUUAUCACACUCUGACUAAUUACAAGGCUUUCAGCCAGUUUCUCAGGCCUCUGAUUGCCAAGAAGAACCCCAAGAUCCCCAUGUCCAAGAUGAUGACCGUGCUCGGUGCCAAGUGGCGAGAGUUCAGUGCCAACAACCCGUUCAAGGGCAGCUCGGCAGCCGCGGCGGCAGCGGCCAUUGCUGCAGCGGUGGAGACCGUCACCGUCGCCGCGCCGCUCGCCGCCAGCCCUCAGCAGUCGGCGUUGCCCACUGUCAUCAGGAAGGCCAAGACCAAGGAGGGCAAGGGUCCAGGAGUGCGGAAGAAAAUCAAGGGCUCCAAAGAUGGGAAGAAAAAGGGGAAGGGGAAAAAAAUGGCAGGCUUGAAAUUCCGGUUUGGAGGAAUCCCCAGCAAAAGGAAAAAGGGCUCCUCUAGCGAAGAGGAGGAACGGGAGGAAUCCGACUUCGACAGUGCCAGCAUCAACAGCUCCUCAGUGCGCUCCGAGUGCUCGGCUGGCCUGGGGAAGAGAGGGAAGAGGAGGAGAAAGAAAAAGAGGAUUGAAGAAGGAGAUGGGUAUGAGACAGACCACCAGGACUACUGCGAGGUGUGCCAGCAGGGAGGGGAGAUCAUCCUGUGUGACACCUGCCCCCGCGCCUACCACCUCGUCUGCCUGGACCCCGAGCUGGAGAAGGCCCCCGAGGGGAAGUGGAGCUGCCCCCACUGCGAGAAGGAGGGCAUCCAGUGGGAGCCAAAGGAGGAGGAGGAGGAGGAAGAGGAAGGCGGUGAGGAGGAAGAGGACGACCACAUGGAGUUCUGCCGGGUCUGUAAGGAUGGAGGGGAGCUGCUGUGCUGUGACACCUGCCCGUCCUCCUACCACCUGCACUGCCUGAACCCGCCGCUGCCCGAAAUACCAAACGGUGAAUGGCUCUGCCCUCGCUGUACAUGCCCUCCCUUGAAGGGCAAAGUCCAACGCAUCCUGCACUGGGCCUGGAAGGAGCCGCCGGCCGCCCCGCUCCCCGCCGUGCUGCCCACCACAGACACGGAUCUGGCUCUGCCCCCACCCAAGGUGCUGGAGGGGAUCCCGGAGCGCGAGUUCUUCGUGAAGUGGGCAGGGCUGUCCUACUGGCACUGCUCCUGGGUCAAGGAGCUGCAGCUGGAGCUCUACCACACCGUCAUGUACCGCAACUACCAGCGGAAGAACGACAUGGAUGAGCCACCAGCCUUUGACUACGGCUCUGGGGAUGAGGACAGCCAGAGGGAGAAGCGGAAGAACAAAGACCCUCAGUACGCCAAGAUGGAGGAGCGGUUCUACCGCUACGGCAUCAAACCCGAGUGGAUGAUGAUCCACCGCAUCCUGAACCACAGCUUUGAUAAAAAGGGAGACAUCCAUUACCUGAUCAAGUGGAAAGACCUGCCCUACGACCAGUGCACCUGGGAGAUCGAUGAGAUAGACAUCCCCUACUAUGAAAACCUCAAACACCUCUACUGGAACCACAGGGAGCUGAUGCUGGGGGAGGACACGCGCCCUCUGAAGAAGCUGAACAAGAAAGGGAAAAAGCUGAAAGAGGAGAAGCUGGAAAAGCCUCCAGAAACACCUCUCGUGGAUCCGACGGUGAAGUUUGACAAGCAGCCGUGGUACAUCGACGCCACGGGAGGCACGCUCCAUCCUUACCAGCUGGAGGGGCUGAACUGGCUGAGAUUUUCUUGGGCCCAAGGGACAGAUACAAUCCUGGCUGAUGAGAUGGGGCUGGGGAAGACUGUGCAGACUAUUGUGUUCUUGUAUUCCCUGUACAAGGAGGGCCACUCGAAAGGGCCGUAUCUGGUCAGCGCCCCCCUCUCCACCAUCAUCAACUGGGAGCGUGAGUUUGAGAUGUGGGCACCCGACUUCUACGUCGUGACCUACACGGGGGACAAAGAAAGCCGGUCUGUCAUCAGGGAGAAUGAGUUUUCUUUUGAAGACAACGCCAUCCGAAGCGGAAAGAAGGUUUUCCGGAUGAAGAAAGAAGCCCAGAUCAAGUUCCAUGUCCUGCUCACCUCCUAUGAACUGAUCACUAUUGACCAGGCAGUGCUGGGCUCCAUAGAGUGGGCCUGUCUGGUGGUGGAUGAAGCUCACAGGCUGAAGAACAACCAGUCCAAAUUCUUUAGAGUAUUAAAUAGCUACAAGAUCGAUUACAAGCUGCUGCUCACUGGGACUCCUCUCCAGAACAACUUGGAAGAGCUCUUCCACUUGCUCAAUUUCCUGACUCCCGAGAGGUUUAAUAACCUGGAGGGGUUCCUGGAGGAGUUUGCAGACAUCUCCAAGGAGGACCAGAUCAAAAAGCUCCAUGAUCUGCUGGGUCCCCACAUGCUGCGGCGGCUCAAGGCAGAUGUGUUCAAGAACAUGCCGGCCAAGACGGAGCUGAUCGUGAGAGUGGAGCUGAGCCAGAUGCAGAAGAAAUACUACAAGUUCAUACUGACGAGGAAUUUCGAAGCCCUGAAUUCGAAAGGUGGUGGGAACCAGGUCUCACUGCUGAACAUCAUGAUGGACCUGAAGAAGUGCUGUAAUCACCCGUACCUCUUCCCUGUGGCGGCCGUGGAGGCCCCCGUUCUGCCCAAUGGAUCCUACGAUGGGAAUUCUUUGGUCAAAUCUUCUGGCAAACUGAUGCUGCUCCAAAAGAUGCUGAAGAAGUUACGAGAUGGGGGUCACAGAGUUCUGAUCUUCUCCCAGAUGACGAAGAUGCUGGACUUGCUGGAGGAUUUCCUGGAGUACGAAGGCUACAAGUAUGAGCGGAUCGACGGGGGCAUCACGGGCGGCCUGCGCCAGGAGGCCAUCGACAGGUUUAACGCUCCUGGUGCUCAGCAGUUCUGCUUUCUCCUCUCUACCCGCGCCGGCGGUCUGGGCAUAAACCUUGCUACAGCCGACACAGUCAUUAUUUAUGAUUCUGACUGGAAUCCCCACAAUGACAUCCAGGCGUUCAGCAGAGCUCACCGCAUCGGGCAGAACAAGAAGGUGAUGAUCUACCGCUUUGUGACCAGAGCCUCUGUGGAAGAGCGCAUCACCCAGGUGGCCAAAAGGAAGAUGAUGCUCACACACCUGGUUGUCCGCCCGGGGCUCGGCUCCAAGUCGGGCUCCAUGACCAAGCAAGAGCUGGAUGACAUCCUCAAGUUUGGGACAGAAGAGCUCUUCAAGGAUGACGUGGAAGGGAUGGUGUCUCAGGGGCAGCGGAUCACCAUGCCGGAUGCUGUCACCCCUUUCUCUGACACGCUGGCAACCAAAGGAGGUGCAGUGACUCCUGGCAUGAAAAAAAAGCACGGUGGCACCCCACCAGGUGACAAUAAGGAUGUGGAUGACAGCAGCGUGAUCCACUACGACGACGCUGCCAUCUCGAAGCUUCUGGACCGAAACCAGGAUGCGACUGAUGACACGGAGCUGCAGAACAUGAACGAGUAUCUCAGCUCCUUUAAAGUGGCCCAGUAUGUUGUGAGAGAAGAGGACGGUGUGGAGGAGGUGGAACGUGAGAUCAUUAAGCAAGAGGAGAAUGUGGACCCCGACUACUGGGAGAAGCUGCUUCGGCACCACUAUGAGCAGCAGCAGGAAGAUCUGGCCAGGAACUUGGGGAAAGGGAAGAGAAUCCGCAAGCAGGUCAACUACAACGACGCCUCUCAGGAGGACCAAGAGUGGCAGGACGAGCUCUCUGACAACCAGUCGGAGUACUCCAUUGGCUCUGAGGAUGAGGAUGAAGACUUUGAAGAGAGGCCAGAAGGUCAGAGUGGCAGAAGACAAUCCCGGAGACAGCUGAAGAGUGACCGGGACAAGCCUCUCCCUCCUUUGCUGGCAAGAGUUGGGGGGAAUAUCGAGGUUCUCGGCUUCAACGCCCGGCAGCGCAAGGCGUUCCUGAACGCCAUCAUGCGCUGGGGGAUGCCUCCCCAGGACGCCUUCAACUCCCACUGGCUGGUCCAUGGGCCAAGCUGGACCGGGGUCUGGCUUCCCCUCCGCAGGGCGUACGUCUCUCUCUUCAUGAGGCAUUUGUGUGAACCUGGGGCAGACGGAGCCGAAACCUUUGCGGACGGCGUCCCCCGGGAGGGGCUGUCCCGCCAGCACGUGCUGACUCGCAUUGGAGUCAUGUCGCUAGUAAGGAAGAAGGUCCAGGAGUUUGAACAUGUCAACGGGAAGUACAGCACCCCAGAUCUGAUUCUCGAGGGGCCGGAGAGCAAGAAGUGCAGCGAGGUUGUGUCUUCAGAUCCCAACACCCCCGUCCCAGCCAGCCCAGCACAUAUGCACGUGGGACCUGUGGCCCUUGCAGACAAAACAGAAACACAGCUCGGGUUCCAGGAGGAAAGGGAGCAAGUGGAGCAGAAGCCCAGGAAGGUGUCUGAGAGCCAGGUGCCUGCGAGUGCUGAGAAGGUGGAGAGUGAAGAGCACCCAGAAAGCUGCGACAGCAAGGAGAAACCGAGGGAGGAGAAGCAAGAGGAGAGUGAAAAGGCUGAGCCUCCUCCCGAGCCGCUGGUGAAAGAUGAGGGAAUUCAAGAGAAGGAGAAACCUUUGGAGAAGCCAGAGUUGAACAGCAGCCCAGGGAAAGGGGAGGACAAAGAAGUCAAACCAGAGGACACCAAGGUGGAGGAGAAGGAGCAAAGCGAAGCUCAGCAAAAUGGUGACAAAGAGGAAGAGGAGGAUGGAAAGAAGGACAACAGAAACGUGAACUUCCGAUUCAUGUUCAACAUUGCUGACGGUGGCUUUACAGGUAGGAAGGAAUCGCACACGCUGUGGCAGAACGAGGAGAGGGCUGCCAUCUCCUCCGGCAAGAUCUACGACAUCUGGCACCGCCGACACGACUACUGGCUCUUGGCAGGAAUUGUCACUCACGGCUACGCCCGCUGGCAGGACAUCCAGAACGACCCGCGCUACGUGAUCCUGAACGAGCCCUUCAAGUCAGAGAUACACAAGGGGAACUACCUCGAGAUGAAGAACAAGUUCCUUGCCCGGCGGUUCAAG